AUGUUCGCCGCCAGACGCUGUGCUGCCUCGUCGCGGCAGCUGCUGCGCUCGCAGCCUCCCCGCCGCUUCGGCUCAUCCCACGCCCACGCUGAGCCCGUGAACGAAAGCUUCGGCCCCAGCUUCUACGUGACCGUCGGCAGCUUCGCGUCCGCGUUCAUUAUCUACCGCAUCACCAAGUCGACCAAGGAAUCCGGCUCCGACUCCUGGGUUUCCGGCCUGAUCAGCAAGUACACUCCUUCGCAAGAGGCGUUCGAGCAGCGCAAUGCCAUUCACACUGCUAUGCUGGAGAAGGCCGCCGAGGACCGCCACCUGCUCCAGAGUCAAGGACCCCGCGAGGCCUAUGAGUUGAUGCAGCCUGAUCUGAUGAACUCCGGAUCGCGCUUCAACGUUUCUCCCGGCUCGCAGGCGGAUCUGAGCAAGGUUGUGGCUCACUACGAGCAGCGCAACAAGGAUAUUGAUGCGUCUCGGAUUGCACGGAUGCAGGGUUGCGAGACCUCCAUCCACGAUGAGGCUAUCUAA